GUUCAAAUCUGGCAGCAGCAUCGUCAUGCGACCGAGUCUGCUACUCCUUGCUGCAUGGUCCGUCACCGACGUCCGUGGCUUCCUCGUGCCGCUGCCCGCCACCGCGUCUCCGUGGACGCCCCCGUCAGCGUUGCAGCCCUGCGCGACGCGCGGCUCACUGACGAUUCAAUACGGCGACUUGGUCGUUGGUCGCGAUGCAGAAAAUACUUAUGUGCCCAAGCGACUGGCCGAAGACGCGCCAGAAUAUACCAUCACGGGCGAUGGCUGGUUCAGCGUCAUGAUGGUCGAUAUGGAUGCGCCGAGCCCGGCUAACGCGUCCCAUGCACCGUUUCUGCACUAUCUUGUCGCCAACGUCGCCGCGGCUCACGAGACACCAACGAUUGUCACGUCGUACUUCCCCGUUCUGCCGCCGACGGGAACCCACCGCUAUGUAACGCUCUUGCUCCAGCAGCGGCACUACGCGGCGCAUGCCGAGCUCAGCUUUUACCUCGAGUCGUCGCACCGGAGCAACUUUGACAUGGUCGGCUACGCCGCGCAACACCAUUUGUGUGUGGCCGACACCCGCCUCUUCACGUCAUCGCCAUAA